UAGCCACUGCUCUAGCAUGACAUAGACACAAGAAAUCCUAAGUCGCCAAGAGUAACCCAGCCAGACAGAGGAUAACUCAUCAUAAAAUGGCGAUAUCGCUAGGCUUACAAAAGAGCGUAUUCACGCGCCUCGAAAUGGAAGUUUCGGACCUCCUUUGGCUUGCUAUCCCUACCGAACAAUUUUUUGACCAACUUCGUCAUGCCACCCUUCUGUUGCCCCUCUUUGGCGACUUCUGUUUCCUCUGCUUCCGCAGGAGGAGCUUGUGCUGUCGCGUUCGGGGCUACGGGUGCAGGGGCGGUCGCAUUGGCGGCACCAGUGGAAUUGGCUGCCCCAGUGGCAUUUCCAGCACCGGGGGCGCACAUGAUCGUGGCGUUUCCGGCCGCCGGUGGUUGAACAACUGUCUCGUUGGCUGCUGGCGGGGUGGCAGCCGGGUUGUCAACGUUCUUCUCCUCCUUCGCGUCACCAUUCUCGGCAGCAUCCUCAGCGGUCAUCUGGUCAGCCUUCUUAUCAGCCUGCUCAGUCGCAGCAGGGUCCGCAACAGCUUUUUCUUCCUCUCCCUUCUCCGCCGGUGGUGCUGGCUUCGGCAUCUCGGCCUCCAUCUUUUCCUCCAUCUUGGCCUCCAUCUUAGCCUCAGCUUCGGCGCCCUUGUCCGCUACAUCUUUCUCGGGCUUCGUUUCGACUUUGGCAUCUUCGGCCUUCAUCUCCGCCAUCUUGGCUUCAGCCUCAGCUUCGGCGCCCUUGUCCGCCACAUCUUUCUCUGGCUUCGUUUCGACUUUGGCAUCUUCGGCCUUCAUCUCCGCCAUCUUGGCUUCAGCCUCAGCUUCGGCGCCCUUGUCCGCCACAUCUUUCUCUGGCUUCGUUUCGACUUUGGCAUCUUCGGCCUUCAUCUCCGCCAUCUUGGCUUCAGCCUCAGCUUCGGCGCCCUUGUCCGCCACAUCUUUCUCUGGCUUCGUUUCGACUUUGGCAUCUUCGGCCUUCAUCUCCGCCAUCUUGGCUUCCACUGGGUCAUUGACGACUUUAGGGGCGUCAGAGUUGGGACGUGCUUCUCCUGGGGCGGGUGCUUUGACAUUGACAUCAGCUGGGGCUGGGGCUGGGUUGGUUGGCAGUGCAGAGACCGCCAGGAUGAUAGUGGCAAGAACGUAUGUGAUCUUCAUAGUGAUAGUUAUAUGUAGAUUGAGGAUCUUGUAAUGAUGGGACAGAGUAAAUCGAGUGAGUGAAAUGAGCACAGCUCUGGUGAAUCAAAGAAUGUAUGCGAAAGAAAGAGUGCUCAGCACUGUAGAGAUCUGUAGAAGAUGCAAAUGAAGGUGAGUUCUACAUUUUAUCCUGGCGAUGAUGAACUUUAUAUA